CCUCCUUAGGCAAAUGGAAUGCUCUUUUGGCAAACAGAGACUGGACUUAAAAUCAAGGGCUCUGUCUGGUUCUCACCCCUGACUUGUAGUCCCUGGGGAGCAGAGGAGAAGGCGGCCGCCACCAUGGAGCCCAAGGUGAUCUGUGUCCUGCUCGUGGUCUUCCUGCUGGCCCUCAGCACCCAGGCUCAGGGCGAGACCGAGACAUGUACAGUGGCCCCGAAACACAGAACAAAUUGUGGUUUUCCUGGUAUCACGCCUUCCCAGUGUGCAAAAAGGAGCUGCUGUUUUGACGACGCCAUCCGGGGUUACCCGUGGUGCUUCUAUCCUUUGAAGGUGGACAACGUUCAGGAAGAGGAAUGUGAGUUUUAGCCACUCUCCCGGUGGGACCCACGUCAACACCUACUUAGGAUGCCACCCCCACCCGGCGACUGCAAGUUGGCCCCACUGCCCACAAUCCCAGGCCCGCUGCCAUUGGCCCCUCACUCCCUGCGAGGAUGGACCACUCCAAGUUUUUGUGUUCAGCGUUAGCCUAACAGUGAAAACAGAUGAAUGCUAGUUUGCGCUUUUAGUUCUUUCAGAAAAUACACACAAUUUUCCUUUCUCUCAAAGA